UUGAGGUCGUCACCUUGGACGGUAACAAAAAACAAACAGAUUUACUGAGGUCACAAAAGCUCCCAUACGGCAUAUUGAAGAGAACAAAAGAUGAAGAGCUUGUAUCUCCUUGUCGCGCUCCUACUUGGGAUCUUAGGAAAUCCUCAGUUUGUGAAAAUCAAAGUGGUUAAAGGAAACGACCCAGGAUUAUGUUAUAAAAAUAGCAGUGAAAAGAUGACGCUGGUUCGUGAUCGACAAAACAUACCUAAACUCUUGAUAUGUUCAAAUGUUAACGGUGUUUUUUCAUGGAGAACAGUAGACGGUUCUAGUUCUCCAGGAGAAUUUUUCAACCCAGUAUACGACUGUUCAACCAUAUUGAAUAAAGAUCCAAGAGCUGAAGAUGGAUUUUAUUGGAUAACACUUGGAGAAAAGAAACCAAAAAGGGUUUAUUGUGACAUGACGACUGAUGGUGGUGGGUUCAUGUUGAUUGGUCGACAAAAUACAUCCGUUACAUGGACAGUACCAUCAAACAACAAGACAGUGGAACCAUUUGGUGAACCUCAUUGGAUAAGUUCAUUAGGAGAGGCACCAAUGGUUGAUUUUAGAGUACAAAUGGCCACUAAAGAUGAUUUUAAGACAACUCAAGCUCAUUGGUUUUACAGAUUUCAAAAUCCACGAAAAUUGAAAAAUUUAAUGAUUUACAACAAAGGAGGCUGUACAAAUACAUCACCUGGAAUUGGUGACGUUAAGUACGUAAAAGAUCUGAUCACUGAUAACGUUGUGACAACAAAUUUUCGUUGCUCAAAAUUUGGUUUGGCAUACAAUGAAAGAACAAAUUUAGGAUGGGCAAAAAUGAACGAUUGUUUAAACAGACCCUGUCCGUGGGGAUUUUCUUUUCAUGACAAGUUUCCCAUUCAAAUUGACUUUUCUGGAGCAUUCAGCUACAGCACAACGAAUCAAAUUUCUGGGAUAAACUUUGGAGCGACGGCAUUAGUUGGCUGUGACAACAGAAAGUGCUGUGGGUGUUAUGGUCCUAAGAAUGGCAAGAAAAAUUAUUGUCUUAAAGAAUGUAAUGAAACGAAUGGUGGAACAAUAAAGAAAAACGUUUAUACAUGGUUUUGGGUGCGCUCUCUUAUUCCUAAAAGAAUAUGGAGUAAUUGUAUGGAUUACAAAGUCAUAGAAAAUGGAAAUGCUGUUUGGUACAAGUUACUGGGUAGUAAUGAAUUACCUGUGAAAGGUCGUUGUGCAAAAAAUAAACCAUUAUUUUACGAAGGAAUGAUUGUUGUACCAGAUAAUAUCACUAUGAAAAAAGUUCCAAGUAUUGAAGGGAUGAUGGUUUAUCGUAAAGACAAAAAUAAACUUUAUGUCCAAGAAGAUAAACAACUAAAGGCAUUGGCUGAAGAAAAAAAGAUUCUACAAACUCUGAACAAAGGCAUAUCGAAGCUUGAGAAUAAAAUACAAACCCUAAAUAUUUCUUUGGACAGAACAUUUUAUUCUUUUCUUUCACGUGAUAUUUUGUUUUCAACAAUACUCAAUGAUGAACCAGAAAGUUUUUUGAAACAAUUAAAGAACUGGUUUUCAUUCAGAAUUUUGCGUUGUUGUUGGAGAGCCUCCACUGAUGGAUGGGAUUCCAGAAUUUUCCACUCAAGAUGUGACAAUCGAGGAAAAACUAUAACUUUAGUUAAAGUUGGUAAAUACAUUUUUGGUGGAUAUUCAACGAUAAGUUGGGAUGGUUCAAGUGGAAGUUAUGGAAACAGUUCCAGUAAUUACAUUUUCUCACUUCGUAACAAAGACAAUUUAAGUCCAUUUAGAUCACCAGUUUAUCGAUACAGUCACACUGCCAUUUAUACUUACCCUAGCCGUGGACCAACGUUUGGAGGAGGAUUUGACUUCUACAUUGCAAGCAACGCAAACAAGAACACAAAUUCCUACACCGAUUUUGGACACACCUAUCGUCCUCCAUCUGGUUACAGCUAUAGGAGUAGUAACACCAGAGCUCUUCUUGCAGGUUCAUACACAUUUACACCUGAUGAAGUUGAAGUUUAUUAUUGUUUAAUAUUUCACGUGAACUUCACGUGACUUCCAAUAUUAUCGUUGAUUCAGUUAAAUAUAAUGUAAUAAUUAAGUAAUUUUUGUACGAUGUAGUUACAUGUCGUCCUAAUUAUUUCACAUGUCAUAAUUAUUUUUGUUCAACUUUUGUUUUAUUUCCUUGCAAUGUUAAACGAAACACUAUUGUUGACGAUUAAAAAUGACUUUGUAACUAAUUUGCAUCACUAAAACAUUAAUUUUUGUUAUUUUCAAUAAACAAGCAGUGGCAUGAUUACA